CUCACCGGAACAACAUCAGAGAAGAGCAGAGCAUUCUACUUCCUCGAGCUCUCUGUCUAUCUCCCCUAUGGCCAAGAUCCAUCCCCUCCCUGCCGCUGCCUCGCAAUCCACCUCCUCAAGCUCAUCCUUCGACGAUCGGCAGGGCGGGCAGGCGUACACGGUGUGGAUGAAGUCGCUGGUGUUCAACGGCAGCGGUUGCACGGUGUACACCCCGGACGGCGCCGUCGCCUUCCGCGUGGACAACUACAGCUGCAGGGGCGGCCGCGAGGUCUUCUUCAUGGACCGUGCUGGCAACACAGUCCUCAGGAUCAGACGCAAGGGCUUGGGCAUGUUCAGGAGGUGGGAGGUCAGCCGGUGCACCCACGACGGCGGCGAGGAGGACGAGGCGAUGCCGUGGUUCAGCGUGCGACGGGCCGAGAAGGCCCGAGCCAGCGUGAGGAUGCACGGCGGCGAGGGGACGUGCUACCGGGUCGACGGGUGCUGCGCGCGCAAGUCUGAGUACAGAGUCACCGGCGUCGACGGCGCGGUCGUGGCGGAAGUCUCGCGGAAGCAGACGUCGGCGGGGGUCGUGCUGGGUGAGGACGUACUGUCGCUGACGGUGGGAACGGAGGUGGAUCACCUGCUCGUGCUUGGUUUGGUCGUCGUGCGCGGCCUCAUGAACCGCUCCUUGUGAUGGAUGGGUGGAGAUGAAGCGGGUCUAAUUCACCACCAGCUUAGAUUAGCCGAACAAAAAUGAGAAUUCAUUAUCUUUAGAGUACAUGGAGAUUCUAGCUAGAUAGUUUGGAAAAACAUACCUAUUAGACCAUUGAGAAAAUUAUUUUUGAACACUUUUUGCCAAAUUGAGAGCGUCUAGACUCUUUUUGGUGGAAGUUAUUUUUCCCAUGCGUUCCAGGUUGUUCACAGAAUAUACAUAUGGAAACUAUCGGUCAAUGCAAAUCAUGUGGAGGGC